AUGGCGCUCUUAGCGCGCAGACCGCUGUUCCUCGCCUCUCCUUCCCCCUCCCCCACAGCCUCUAACACUCGCAUUCCCGCUCCCCGUCCCUCCCUCCUCCGCCAACACCGCCUGAGACUGCGGAUAUGCGUCGCCGCGUCGUCGUCAUCGUCGCCUGGCGACCAGAAGGUCGCAGAGCAGGACGAGUCGAGUCUGCCGCCCAAGGAGAGUGAAGUGCUCAGCCUCAAGGUGCGUCCUGCGCCCUGCGCCCUGCCUCCGCGCCCGCUGCAGCCGCGGAAUUAUGCCUUUUCCGCCUCGUUCGCCCAUCUGCGAUUGACGCGUCUGUGCCGCAUUGCCGAUCACAUUAGGCUGACGCGAUGGCGUACUGUCGUGGCGUGCUCCUUGACCAUCUCGCUUCUGCCAAUGUGCAGCGGAGCGAUCGCGUGUCCCACGGCGCGCAACCCUAAUGCCGCGCGGGCCGGCGCCCAGAGGCGUGCGUGCCGCCGUGCCUCGUCGGUCGCAGUCAAUCGCACCGCCGUUCCUGAGAACCACAGCUCCUCUGCUCAACCGCCUGCCCUCCCCCCCCUGCCCUCUCCCGUGCCUCCCUCCUUCCCCCCUCUGCCGCCCCACUCCCCCCACCGUCUUCCGCCCCACUCUGUGUCAACCGCAGCGCGAGUCGGAGCAACCUCCUCAACCGCCCCCUCCGCGCGACACCAGCGCUGCCGACUCCCCUCGUCCGCGGGGCCGUGGUGGCGCGGGCAGGCGGCGGGAGCGCGCGUCAGUGGGGGAGGUGGUGCGGGGCGCCGUGCGCGCAGUGGAGGACGCGCCCGUCGAGACCGUCGGCGCCGCCGCCGCCGCCUCAGGUGCGCCUGCUGCAUGUGCUCAGGUGGGGUCCUCGCAGCAGUGCCAGGAGGGCUCGCCAAUAAACCACCUGAGGGUGCAUUGCACUUCCCGCUCUUGCCUGCCCUCAAUCUCACCCGCACAUUCCAUUUCUUCUCAACGCCCACCACCGCCCUCCUGCACUCAUCCCACCCUACAUUCCCCUUCCUCCUCCCCCCGGCCUCCCCACCCCCCUCCUCCACUCCGCCUCUCCCGCCACUCCCUAUGCCCUCCGUGCGUGGCGAGCGGGCGGCAGGGCUGGCGGUGCUGGGGGUGGUGUUUGCGACGUCGCUACUGGGGUCGCUGGACUCGGUGCCACUGGCGCCCGAGUUCAUGCAGACCAUCGGUGUCGUCUACUGCGCCCUCGUCGCCAGGCAGUAUUUCACCAAGAGGAAGAUCGCAGUGGCGCCCACGCCCCUCACGGCCAUCCAGACGCUCUUCCCCAACACCACCAGCGACGCCGAUGCCGAACCAGAGGCCCCUGCCUCCCGCAUUCCCGAGGGCAUGGGCGAGGGCGUGCAGGGGCGGCUGAGGGCGCUGGAGGCGGAGAGGGACGUGGCGGUGGCGGCGGCGGGGGAGAUGAGGCGCGCGGGGCAGGAGAUGGCGCGCGUGGUGGCGGAGAAGGAGGCUCUCGAGGCCGUGGCGCUGCAGCUGGCGGAUGAGCGGGACUCCGCUAUUGCUGAGGUGACGGCACUGAAGACAGCGGUGAACGCCAUGACGGAGCGCAUGAGGGCGAUAGAGGCCAUGCUGGCGUCCGAGGUGCAGCGCCUGCAGGAGCAGAACCUGGCGCUCGAGACCGUUGCCCUGCAGCUGGCUGACGAGCGCGACUCCGCCAUCAAACAGGCAUCGGAGCUGCGGUCGGCGUUUGAGGCGCAGAGGGAGGAGGACAAGCGCGUGUUGGAGAUGCUGGCGGCGCAGCUGAUAGAGGAGCGCAACGCGGCGGUGAAGGAGGUGCAGGAGCUGAAGCAGGUGGUGGCGGGGCUGGCGGAGGCCACGGGGGCGGGCAGCGGGCUCACCAGCGAGAUGGAGGCGUUCAUCCGCAGCCGCGUGCGCGCCGUCAGGGCCCAGUUCGUUGACAUCUCCAAGCCCUACUCGCAGCAGGAGGAGGCGGUGAAUGCGUUUGUGGCGCAUCUGGUGGACGAGUUCGGGGCACCAAGGGAGUGGACGCACUGCUACAUCCGCCAGUUCCUUGACGCCGCCUCCGACGGCCAUGCCAUCGCCCUCAACGGCCCCUCGCCGCCCUCCGACCACUUCAACUGA